AUGUCUGUCCGUAUCGUCACAUACAAUUUACUUCUGCCGAUUUUGGCUGAACAGCCAGGAAACUAUGUAGCAUCCCGGCCGGAGUAUCUUAAAACUGAAUAUCGAUGGAAAUUAAUUAGGUCUCAAUUGGAACAAGAGAUUCAUUCUUAUAAAAAUACGAUUAUUUGUUUACAAGAAGUGAGUAAUACUCUCCUGUCGACAUUACAAGCGUUUUUCCAUCAAAUGAAUUAUAAGUUCUUUGAAAGCUUAUAUAAUAAUAAACACAAUGAUUAUAGGGGAGUAGCUUUAGCUGUACCUGCUAAUUUGCCUCUAAUAUAUAAAAAUGCGGUCACCAUUGGAGAACACCUGCGUUUAACUAUUCAAUCGUUUGAUGCAACUUUCAAUUCUCUAUCAUGGUGGAAAAUUGUGAAAUAUUCAAUUACGAAAACUUUCAAAGAUCAGUCUAUUAAUUCGUGGGAAAAAGCCAUGUCAUUAAAAAAUGUUUUGAUUUGUGUUGGAGUGAUGGUCCAUGGACGGCCUUUGUUUGUUGGCACAUAUCAUAUGCCUUGUCUAUUCAGAGACCCAAGUAUAAUGAUAAUUCAUGCCUCUGCAGCAAAAGAUCUUAUGUUUCAAAUAGCCAAUGGGCAUCCUUUUGUUCUCGCUGGUGAUUUCAAUAUGCAACCAAUUGACAGUGCGUACCGAGCAAUCACCCGUCGAGGCAACGUCGAAGAUCGUGUGUUACCAAAAGUCGGUAACCGGGGAGUUACCUAUCGAUUCAAUAAACAACAGGUGUUACGAAGUGCAUACCGAGAGAAAAAUAAAGCUGAACCAAACUACACAAAUUUUGCCAGGACAGGACAAUCAUCGAAUAGCUUUUGUGGUACACUUGAUUAUAUCUUUUUUGCUGGGAACCUAACUGUCCUCGAUGUACUACCAUUACCAAGCCAUCCAACUGGAAAAUCAUAUCCUGAUAGGACACAUCCAUCAGAUCACCUGAUGUUGGCUGCAACACUGCAGCUCAUAUAA